GAGUCUAUCCCAGCGCCAGCACAGUGCAUACGUCCUCGCAUACACGUUCACACGGACCGACGGACGUGUCGGCGUCGCAACAGUUGCUCGCGUGUGUGGGUGCGCUCGCUCAUCGCGACUAGUCAGUGUUGGCUGGCCAGACUGUCAGAGCAGCAGGCAGGGCAGUGCCGAGGUAGCCGAGCCAACGGAACGGUGCGUUGCGUCUCGCCGGACGAUUCUCUCAAGUGUGUGCGGUGGAAAAUACGGAGAGUCGCAUCAGCGCUGCGUAAAGAGGUAGAAUACGAGUAUCGCGGUGCAGAUUCAGCACGAGUGCACGGACUCGAGGAAAUAAAGAGAGUCGGUGGUUUGGGCCGCGCGAUAGACAUGUUUGUGGCAGUCUUCGCCGCCACCGCCGCCGCGCGCAAAUAACGUGCGAGAGCCGUACGAGUAGUUCGACGUCGUCGGCGCUCUUUUUGUUUUUCGCCGUCGCUAGAACACGAAAGAGAGAAGAGGAGUCGGUGUGCGCGAGUGUGCCGUCGAGUGUGGCUAUAUACGUACGUCUACCUGAGCGAGUAGAGUCGCGGAUUCUCACCCCGACUAUAUUAUAAACCAGCUACAGUGAGUGUGCUCGGAGAGCGAGAUAUAUAUAUAUAUAUAUACACAUAUAUAUAUACAUCGCUCUCCAGAAUAUCGCGUAUAGCUAUAUACACACGCGGGAGAGUGAGUCGAGUGGGUGGCCCCGAUUGAUCGGAUGUUGAGCAGCAAAGUAUAAGCUUCCAGUGCUAAUCGAAUCGCAGGCAUAGAGAAGGAAGUGGAGUCGGAAGUCCUGGCUACAUGUGAAAGUGCGGGUGAUCUCGCAUCGUAGCACUGGAGGAGCCGGCCGACGGAGGAGCUGCUGUGCUGCCGCGAGGAGGAGCCGCGACCGCGAGCUCGCCUACCACCGACGACAUUCCGAGCUGCACGGACGAUAGCCGGCCCCAAGCAAACAUGAGCUGGGGAACCGAGCUCUGGGACCAGUUCGACAAUCUGUCCCUUCACACACAGAAGGGGAUAGAUUUCCUCGAGAAAUACGGCCACUUUAUUCGCGACCGAUGCGCCAUCGAGGAGGAGUACGCCACGAAACUCAGGAGUCUGGUGAAGCGCUACCAGCCGAAAAAGAAGGACGAGGAAGACUACCAAUACAGUCCAUGUCGGGCGUUCAAGAAGGAGCUGGACGAGGUGAGCGACCAGGCGGGCCAGCGCGAAGUGAUCGCCGAGAACCUCCAGGCGAAUGUGCUGCGCGAACUCGGCAUCCUGGUCAAGGAGUUCAAGGAGGACCGCAAAAAGUACCUGCAGGAGGGUGUGCGGCUGCGCACGACCUUAGCCGGACAGAUUGGAAACUUGGAGCGGGCGCGCAAGGCUUACGAGAAGGCUUUCCGAGAGGCGGAAAGGGCCACGGAGAACUACCAGAAGGCAGACGCGGAUCUAGACCUGUCGCGAGCAGAGGUUGAAAAACAAAGAAUGAACAUGAACAUGAAGACGCAACAAAGCGAGGAGGCCAAGACGGAGUACGCGAAGCAAUUGCAAACCACCAACGACAUGCAGAACCAACACUACCACACGGCCAUGCCAGGAGUGUUCCAGAACUUGCAGGAACUGGACGAGAAGCGAAUAAAGAACAUGAGGAACUACAUGCUCAAGUCGGUCGAGAUCGAGCGCUCGGUGGCGCCGAUAAUCGCCCAGUGCUUGGACUGCAUCGAGAAGGCCGCGAACGAGAUCAACGAGAAGGAGGACACGAUGCUUGUGAUCGAGCGCUACAAAAGCGGCUUCCAGCCACCGGGCGACUUCCCAUUCGAGGACUUGUCCGCGGUGAAGAUGCUCGACAGCAAUAGCCGGCUCGCCCAGCCCGCGAUGCAACCCAUCCACAAUCACCUCACGGUCAAGGGCACCGUCUCCGGCGGCAAGAUCAAGAAGCGCGUCGGCAUUUUCGGUAUUUUCAGCAGCAACAAGAAGUUGAUCGAGGUGUGCAUAGCUUUGAAGAACAAUGUGCCCGGUUACGGUGACGGUGCGAAGGAGGACUUUAGCGACUUACCACCAAAUCAGCGCAAAAAGCGGCUGCAGCAAAAGAUCGACGACAUCCAAGCAAAAAUUCAGCAGGAGACGGCAGCACGAGACGGCCUCAUGAAGAUGAAAGGUGUCUACGAGCAGAAUCCUGCUCUGGGUGACCCCAUGACCAUAGAAAGCCAACUGAACCAGUCGAGUCACAAGCUCGACAAACUUGGCGCGGAAUUGAUCAAGUUCCAAGGGUACUUGGACGAGGCGAUCAAGGCGGGUGUCAAUUUAUCAAGUCCAAGUCAAUUACAAAGAAAGCCGACGACGAAUGGUUCAGCAACAAGACCGUUGAGUUCGAGAAGAUCGAGUCAUUCCGGUGGUGAAGAAAGUCUUUCAAGAUCCGCGUCAGAUUCCAGUGUCAGCAAUGCUAAUGCUAAUCAGGCGAUGAACAAAAAGAGUACGCCCGGUACGCCGCAACCAACGCACGGUUCCACGAAUAGCCCGGAGUCUGGUCUUGGAGCUUCAAGGACGUCGCUGCCUGGCAGUGGUGGAGAGGAAUAUUACGUCGAUGAAGUAGACGCUCAGCCACCGCUUGGAACUUGCAAGGCGCUCUAUCCCUUCGAUGCUACUAGUGAAGGAUCUAUACCUAUGUACGAUGGCGAAGAACUUUACAUGAUAGAAUUAGAUCAAGGUGACGGAUGGACGAGAGUUCGUCGAAUUUCGCAACCUAUCGAGGGCUUCGUACCUACAUCAUAUAUAGAAUGUCACUUAUAUAAUACAUAGUCACAACACUAAGCUUGCUUACGAAAAAAAAAUAUUAUGCAAAGUGGUGAAGAGGUCUAAAGAGAUUAUCAUCGUUGGAGAUUAUAUUGUUAGUUGAAUCGAAACAAACAUAUCUCUGAUUGUUUUGAGAUAUAGAAGUUGAGAAAAAGAAGAUAUCAAACUGCAAUGAGAGCUUUAAUCGAGUUGAUACAGAAGAAGAAUGCUAAUCGAUGAAACAGGAUAUACUAUGCAGUCGUAUCGACUCUUUGGACUCCGACAAAAGAGUUUCUUUUUGCUGCACGAUCGAUUCACCGCUCUACUCGUCCGUCAUAGGCGAGACUGAAGAACAAAGGCAUCCAUUUUUGUGAUCUUUUUAUUUUUAAUGUCGAUCAAAUCCCGUGCAAUUCCCCUGCGUGUAAUUAUAAGAAACAAUGCUAACACAACCAUAGAAUGGUCUCUUAUUGAAAGAGCACGGCAACAUCGCAACAAGCAUAUUCUAUUUUUGUUCUGCAAUAUACUUCAAGUUAUGAGCGAUUCCAGUGUCGAAAGUAAUCUUAUUACCUCUGUGUAAUAAUCUUCAAGUAUGCGAAAAAUAGUAUGAACACAUUUUAUCAAAUAUAUUUCAAUCAAACGAAUUGUGCCGAGAGACUGAAUCAGCAGCCAAAUCCAUCUGUUUACUGGCUGAGAUUUUGUCAGUGGAGUAGAUAAGCCCCAUAUUAGUGCAAAAAGAGGUACUUUAUAUGUACAUAAUAUAAACGAAUCAUUCUUUCGGCAUGAGGGAGCCUACGAUAAAUCGCUCAAAUGUCGCUUAGAAGAUGAGAAAAACAUUGUCCGAUUGUGAGUUUCAAAGAACUGAAAUUAGAAUCCGUGUAAAUAUAUAUAUUGUCGGCGUAUAUCGAAAGAAAGACAAAUGCAAGCGUGAAAGUGCCAGAAUCGGAGUCUCGCACGAAUUAUGAGUUCUCCAGGUAUGUCGGUCGUCACGUAAUACUCCCCUUAUUUUGUUAUUUUUUUUUUAAUUUAAUAUUACAAUUAUGGCACGAUUUCCUUAGAGCAUAGCACAAUGCUAGUCAAAGCAGAUAAGUGUCAAGAUUUUAAUUGUUAGAUUUGCUAGGGUUUAGAUUGUACAUGCAAAGUUUUGAAACAGUGACUAGUUCCAUAUAAACUGGUGAAAUUAUGCAGGGUAAAACUAAGUUUUGACAAAUAAAUAGAAAUCUAACUGUAAUAUUUUAUUUUGCACUCAAAUUUUUAUGAUUUUGUUGAAAUGUGUUAAAAAGAAAACUAGUUGCGAAUAGAAUUAUCUGACAAUUUUUCCAUUUCAGUUAUAUUUUUAUUUAUUGAAAUUAUAACUGCCAUUAGACACAGAUCAGACUGUGAAGGAGAGUAUGAAAGGCGCAUGAAAAGCUAUAAUUUGAACAAUAAAGAAAGUUUUAAUAGCAAGUAAAUACUUCAUAUAUUAUGUACUAUAAAUCUUAUCGUCUUUAUGAUACUGCUGUUACGAAAAGAGAACAUAAGUUACAUUUUUGUAUUAUCAAUUUAAAAGUAAACUAAUUUCUUUGAUUUAAAAUGAUAUUAUUUAAUUAUAUGUUGAAUUGACUAGAAUUAUGAAUGAAAAUUUUAUAUCAACUUGUACACAGAAAUUUUUUUUGGAUGAAGUAACUCGUAUUUUCGUGGGAAACAUGUCUAGAUACGUCCUAGAUCCGAUCGCGGAGUAACUAAAAUUGCAUACAUGUGUAACUCGCAUAUAUUAAAUGUAUAUGUAUAUGUAUAUAUAUAUAUGUUAUGUUCGAUCGUUAAAGCAUAGCUUUCUGUAAUCGAAAACAGAUUCAGUAAAACGCAUUAGAGAACAAGCAAUUAUAAUAUAUUUGCUAAUGCUGAUUUCCUCUAGAUGCAAAUCUUUCUUGUUUAUUUUAUCGUUUGUUUAUCUACGUUGUAUUUUACGUAAACGUACGAGCUGCACUUAAGCGGUUCCUUAAACUUUGGAUUUAAACAUGAAUAUAUAAAUAUAUUUUAAGACUUUUGUAAUUUAUUGUCAAUCGAGAGGGUGCGACGUCCAAUUUCAGUGGUGAUGUUUGCAAUCCGCGAUAUGCUAAUGACGAAUUAUCAAGAAGUGAGAGAGUAGAGUCGGCCGAAUAAGCGCAAUGCAGCGUAUACCGGCCGUCGUUCGACAUUUUCAUUAUGUCGUUUCUUUGUAUAUUUUGUGAUUUUUUUUACUAGCGAUCGCUGCGAACGUUGUAGAUAAUUAACUCGGCGACUCAUAAUUUUAAUUAUUAUGAAUGAAUUUAUUAAUAAUGAAAAAGUAUAGGUACUAAAGCCAAUAUAACUCAUUUAUAUACUGCAAAUAAGCAAGUACGUGAGUCGUGUGACUUUAUUGCCCUUCCUCGACCUACUUAUCUAUAAGCUUAUACGAACGAUUCUGAAAUUUGAAAAAUUACGAAACUGCUUCAAAUCUAUAGUAUUGCAGCCUGAAAUUGUGUUAAUAUUUUUUACAUUUGACUAUCUUGGAUACUUUUUACAAGAUAUUUUUUCGUCGUUUUACAAAAAUCGAGUUGGAUAAGUCGAGCCUUUAUUCUUUUUCAGCACUUUAUCUUUCCUCGUCAAUUUUUCUAAUAACUGUACAAAGCUUAUUAAUUUCAUUGUGUAUAAUAAAUGAAGGUUGUGAGCUUUACCACAAUCAAAAUGAUA